GAGAGAGGUGCAGUUUGAUCAGUCAACACCAGCGACCCACCACUCCGAUAAUCUGCAGAGGGAGACUCAGAAGCCCACCCUUAGUUCUGUAGCUAAGUCCUCAACUUCAUGUCUAACAGGUUCGCUACGAUCCAGCAGCGUCGUGAUCCUGAAGCUCCGUGAGUGAACGACAAAAACAGAUAUCUGGUUCCUGUCACCACCAUUGUGAAGAAGUCAUACUCUGGAAGUUUCUCUAAAACGAAGCAUUUCAUGUCAACAACUUUGAAUGACCUUUGUUUACAUCUUAUCAAUUGAAGGUUUUUGGGACCAGAUGACAGUCGUCAUGAGGCUGUGACGGAUUCUCUCUGAGUACAGUCUUGACAGACAUGAGCAUGGCAACUGCCAAAAAAGCUUCCUCUAAAGCGGGGGGCGUUCGCUUUGCUGAGGAGAACACUGCCGCCGCCGCCGCUGCUGCCACCGCUCACUCUCAUGUGCACUUCGACGAGAAACUGCACGACUCUGUUGUCAUGGUGAUUCCUGAGUCAGAUGGGAACUUCCUAGUUAAGGUGGGCUUCCUAAAAACUCAGCACAGGUAUGAGAUCAUCUUUACACUGCCGGAGGUUCCAGCGCUCGGGAAGGAUGUGUGUCCAGCUCCAGUGCCCAACCCUUACCUCCAGAUAAAAGAUAUUACAGCGGCCCCUGACGGGGGGCUAAAGGUGACAUGCGAGUACAUGGCUCACCAGGAGGGGGUGCUCUGUGAAGAGAUGCUGAUAGUCAGCGAGAGCAAAGAGGAUGUGUGCCUGAAGGUCAAAGUUCAUGCCCGUGUUAUGGACCGACACCAUGGGACGCCGAUGUUAUUAGAGGGGGUGCGGUGCAUUGGAGCUGAACUCGAGUAUGACUCGGAGCAAAGUGAUUGGCAAGGAUUCGACUAAACGCAUGAGCUAAACCUCUCAGACAUUUAUCAGUUCAGCAUAUCUGUAAUAGGAGGUAGGAGGUGGGGCUCGAAUAGUCCAUAUUCUGGAAUCCGCCCAACAAUCUAGAACCCAGUCAGGACCGUUUAGUGUCACUCUGCUUUCUCUUCAUCUGUCCACAUAUUUUGGAAAACCUGCAGAAGGUUAUGACAAUAGUUAUUGUUUUUUGAUGACAAUGGAAUUAAAAGUGUGUGUUUUCAGUGUGCGUGUGCGAGGCAAUAAUCCAAUUUUGUCCUCUUUUUAAUUCCAUAAUAUGGUUGAAUACUUGUCUAUUCUGAACCAAGCAAAGAACAAAUGUACUGUUAUUUGCUUGUAUGCUUGUUACUAAGCUUUCAGUUUAUGCUGCCUGGUUUUUCUUUUGUUCUUUUUUUUUUUUUGUUUCAUGUUUUGUCAUGCCCACCAGGGGGCGCCUGGACUUACUGUGAAUUACCAAAUUCCUCUUCAGUUCAGUAGGGGUCACUGUUGACCACAAAUGUGGCUCAGCAGCUAAAGGAGCGUUGAAGACAUCCAUCACUUCAAUCAGCAGUAGAGACACAACUGGUCUAAUGGAAACUGUGAACAGGGAUGUAUUUCUUUUUUUGUUGAACCUUUCUGUUUUAACCUGUAAGAUUACUUAUGUGAGGCAAAUUCUUCUGAAGAAAAUUUUUAAGUGGAAAAACUGCUUCCAGUGUCAAGCACAGGUCAAUUAUCUUUGCUCACCAGAGCCGCUCCACGCCUUUUAUUUUGAAUAAGUAGAAAGAUAGAAGAUUAUAGAAAUUCCCUAUUAAACUUCAUCUGGUGCACUUCAAGGGCUGUCCUUACUCUCUUAAAUAAUUCACGUAUUCAUUUUUGUAUCUUGAUUUGGUGGCUUAUGUUAAUUUGAAUAUGUCUAAGUGCCUAAGCCAUUCGUCCACUCCUCUCUACCCCUUUGUGCCCCAGACUCCAGCAUCUGUCUGUCACCAGUUAAUGCAGAAUGUCUGAAGCCUUACUGAAGCCUAGUAAUGUAAACGCAGUGUGUCUGUUUUAAUGCUUGAGCUUCUUGACUGUGAACGUGAAUCGCUCAUGUGAGUUGAUUCCUCAUAGUGAGACACUCUACAGUGUUUGUGAUCUGAGGCCUUUGUGGGUGUUAAUUUUGUUGGAAUGAACUGGCUGUGCGAACAAAUAGAUUUGAUUUGCUGGGCACAAAUUUUCUGCCUGGGUCUGUCGUGAAUACGUUUGCUUGUCCUUGAGUGUUGUCUACAGGCCUUUUCUAAAUCAAAUAAAGAAGACUGUUGACUGUA